AUGGAAAUUCAUUCACCUGUAGCAUAUAAUCGCGAAUCACUAGAAUUUGAAGAUUUUAAAAAAUUUGAACUUUCAUCUAAAAAUUUUGAGGAACAGUAUUCUAGUAUAUAUGUGGCAAGGUUGACAGCAUUAAGAUAUCACCUCUUGCAGAAAGUAAAGGUCAAAUGGGCCCAGUAUGAGGUUGUUACGUUAUCAGAACUAUGUGAAAAGAACGAAGGUAAUGAUUAUAUCAUAAUAGGCACAUUAUACAAACAUCAAGAACUAAAACCAUCAAUACUACGUGAACUCAGCGAAGAACUUCAAAUAACGACUCAAACUCCAAGAACGAAUUAUGCAGCCUUUAAGGACCUCAUUUUUUUGGAAGGCGAAACUUUACGUAUUAAACUGGUUGGCAGUCACAUGAAUAUUCAAAAUGUCGUUACUGGUAUUGUUUGUGCUGUACUUGGACAUGAACUGAAUAGUGGUGAAUUUUAUGUGGUAGAUUGGUGUUUUCCAGGAUGUAAUCUAAAACCGAUUGCACUCAAUAAGCCAUUAAAACAGUGUGGAAAAAUUUUAUUAAUAUCAGGUUUGGAUUUAGCAAAUAAUACACAGUCAUUAAGUUUAAAUCUCUUCUCUGAAUGGAUAAGUGGAAUGAUUGGCUGUACAGAGGUUCAGAGAGAAGUGGCAUCUAUUGUAUGCAUUAUUAUAGCAGGAAAUAGUGUAAGAGGAUCUAUAGAAGUAUACAAUCAUAAAGAAUAUUUUAUAACUAAAGCACACAAUGAGGCUAUAUUUAAAGAGGCUGCAGCGGUAACAUAUAAACUUGACAAUUUUCUUGCUUCUAUAGCACAAUGUUGCCCAAUAAUAUUAAUGCCUGGUGAAUUUGACCCAAGUUGUCAUGCAUUGCCUCAACAAUCACUUCAUCCUUGCAUUUUACCUCAGUGCUCCAGAUUGAAGAGAUUUUAUGGAGUCACCAAUCCAUGGUGUGGUCGCAUCAACUCUCGUAUUAUAGCUGGAUCCAGUGGUCAGCCCAUUUUGGACAUCAUGAACGUGUCUGGGCUUGCUAAUACUUCUCCAUUAACAUGGCUAGAAUGUACAUUAGAUUGGAAGCAUUAUGCACCGACUGCACCAGAUACUGUACCAGCUUAUCCAUAUUCCAAGAUUGAUCCAUUCAUUAUAACGGAAUAUCCUGACAUAUACUUUGCUGGUAAUAUGGACAAGUAUGACACCAAAUUAGUAACAGCAAAUGAAGGACAGACAAUAAGAGUAAUUUGCAUUCCAAAAUUUUCCGAAACACAAACAGCAGUGUUGGUUGAUUUACAGGAUUUAAGAAGUCAGCCUGUUUCUUUUAGCAUUAAUUAA